CUCCUUCGUCCCCAGCUUUGGAUCCAAACCUAUUAACCCAAACCUCAGCCUCGAAUCCGAGCCUAAGUUUUGUUCCUCUGUUCGUUGAAAAUUUCGCACACUAUUUCGAUCGCUUUAUCUCUCUCGCCCUCUCUCGUCUCUCUCUCUUGCGCUCUCCCUUUCUCUCUCUCUGAGCUAAAGAAGAGACGGCUCAUUUCAUUUUUGUAUAUUUAUUUUUUUUCUGAUACAUAAAUCUGUCGAUUUCAAACCCUAAAUUGUUCAAACGAUAAAUUUUUCACUAUAGAAGAUCGAUUACAAAGCUCAAACAGAGGCACCAAAGAGGAAUUUUUUGACGCUUUUGCUAGUAAAUUUGGUUAUAGGGCUACUUACCUCGGAACUAAUCUCUGCAUACAUCAUAGAGCUUCAAUAUUUUGGAAGAGGCAUACGAGGCUGUCAGUUGUCACCUUGGAGAAGGCGAAUCUAUGGAAAAGUUGGGGAUCACUUGGGGAGGAUUGCUGAUACACGCACACAUAUUGAAAUUUUGAAUGACAUGAAGAUUGCAUUUGGAGUGAUGCUUAAAUGAGAACAAAACAGGUAUUUGUUUUAUUGUCUCAAAACUCUAGCUGCUGAAAACUUGUGUGGUGGAUUAUCUAUGCCUGGCAACGAAGUUGGAGAUAGGAUCCAUAAUUUUUUUGGCCAGGAGAGCUUGUCCCAGGGCCAGCACCGCCCGGAGGUUGUUGAAGGCACGUGGCCGGGGCUAGGUAACAAUCAGUGGGUUGGUAGUCAGAGACAGAUCGGCACACCUUUUAUUUCUAAUUUAAAGAAUCACAGUAUACAGCAAUCAGCUGAUACUGAAAGAGGAAAUGGGGGACAGUCAUCAGGUGUGCAACAUGGUGCAAGUUUUUCUCAAUCAACUCUGAGGCCUGAGUUUGCUAGAAGUCAAGCACAAAACCCACAACCGACUUUGAAUGGCUAUUUGCACGGGAAUCAGGUUUUCCAGACAAGGCAGAAUGAAGCAAACUUUUUGGGAGUGGAUUCAGAAUCUGAUCGACGUAAUUUAACAUCAAGAGGCUUUUCAGUUGUUGAAGCACAGCUAGGAAGUGAUGAACUUCAGAAGAAAAGUUCAGCAAGGAUGGAUUUUAAUGAAUCUCCUGUUAACUAUGAUUUUUUGGGAGGUCAACAGCAACUGAAUAGCCAGCAUCCUGGCAUGUUCCAAUCUUUGCAAAGGCAGCAGUCAGGGAUCAGUGACAUGCAGCUUCUGCAGCAACAGGUCAUGCUCAAGCAAAUGCAGGAAAUUCAGAGGCAGCAUCAGCAGCAUCAGCAACAGCAGCAACAGAAGCAACAAUUGCAGCAACAAGAAGCAAGGCAAGUGAAUUCUGUAAACCAGGUUUCCUCUUUUGCGAAGCAGGCAGCUGGAAGUCAUCCACCCGCUCUAAUUAAUGGCAUUCCUAUCCAUGAUGCAUCUAAUUACUCGUGGCAACUGGAGCUUGUGGCAGCUAAUACAAAUUGGCCGCAGCGUAAUGUGGCUUCUGCUAUGCAAGGGUCCUCUAGUGGACUGAUGUUUUCCCCUGAGCAAGGCCAAGGACCACGCUUGAUGGGCAUGAUUCCUCAGCAGGUUGAUCAAUCUCUUUAUGGUGUCCCCAUCUCUGGAACUAGAGUUGCUUCAAACCAAUAUUCUCCUGUUCAAAUGGAUAAGUCUACCUUACAACACAUUUCAGGCAGCAGUAGUUCCUUCUCAGGUAAUCAGUACACUGGGUUUCAAGAUCAGGCAAGCAUGCAGGACAGCACUUUGGUUUCUAGACAGGGAUAUCAGGGCAAAAAUGUGAUAGGAACUGCUGAUAGUCAAGGUUUAAAUGGUGGAUUUAAUUUGGAAAGCUUACAGCAAGUAGAUCUCAGGCAAAGCAAUGGUUCUGGGCAGGAUUUUCAUGGGGGGCAGGAUGCAGUUGAUCCAUCAGAAACAUCACAGGGUAGAUCAGUGAUGCAGGUUACCCCUUCACAAAAUGUGGCUACCCUAGAUCCAACUGAGGAAAAGAUUUUGUUUGGUUCAGAUGACAAUUUAUGGGAAGCUUUUGGUAGGGGGACAAACAUGGGCCCGGGAGGCUGUAAUAUGUUAGAUGGCACGGAUUUGUUUGGUGCAUUUCCCUCUGUGCAGAGUGGUAGUUGGAGUGCUCUUAUGCAGUCUGCUGUAGCAGAAACAUCUAGUGCAGAAAUGGGGCUGCAAGAAGAGUGGAGUGGUCUGGCUUCGCGAGGUAGUGAACCUUCAGCUGGGAAUCAAUUGGCCCCAAACAUCGGUGACAGUAGGAAAAAACAACCUGCUUGGGCUGAUAACAGAUUGCAAGCUGGCUCCACGGGAAAUGCUAGUCCCUAUAAUAUGUCUGAUGGAAUCAGCACAAGUAUUAACCAUAACAACAUGCCAGGGGUUAAGCAAUCUGGAGACAGUAUAUCAUAUGAACAGAAUCAGAUGUUGCAUACUAGUUCUUCUCAGAGAUUCGUCCAGCCAUUUACUGGACAAGGAGCCAAAUGGUUGGACCGCAAACUUCUGCAAAAGCCUGUUUCUGAAGGAAGUAAUAAUAAUGAAAAGGGUGCUCAUUCCUCAAAUGCAGAACUAAAUGCAAAAUUUCCGGGUCCUUGUACAAAUCAACAGAGCAUGGCCUCAUAUAAUACUGGUGGCCAACCAAGCAGACCAAAUGGUUGGAAAUCUAUUGAUCCUGUCUCCCCUGGCCCUGGUGCUGUUUUGAAGAACCAGGGGAGUGAAAACUCAUUGCAAGCUUCUCAGAGUACAGAGCAUAAGAGUCCUAUGUUUGAGGCAAUGGGUUAUCGCGCUGAUAUAUGGAAGAAUGAGUCUGUUUCUAAUUCAUUUGUUGAAUUGGAGCAAGCAAAAUCCACCACUGGUAGCCCACAGGUCAAUAGAGAAGAUUCUGACCAUAAUAAUAUUGCUGCUUUACCUGAUUCAAGCACUGUAAGGGCCAAACAGGAAAGCAGUCAACAGCUUCCUAAUGGUAAUAAUUUUGAUGUCUGGAAACAUGUGGAUUCUUCAGUCAACUCUAGAGGACGUGGGUUUCCGGGAAGAUACCAAUCUCGUAUGGAUAAGAGUCCUCAAACUUUUGAGUCGUCAGGAAAUAUUGUUUCUGGCGAUGGAGCAGUUAAAUCUCAUGACCACCCUGAUAUGAAGGAAAGCAAAAUUGAUAGUUCUCGCAAUGCACCCCACUAUACUUCCACUAGUGCUGGGGGAGAAAAUGCUUGGCUAGAUGCAAAUGAUUUGUCUGGGGGAAAACUAAAGUCAUCCAGUAAUAUUGGUCGGAGGCCUUCUGGAGUUCGUAAAUUUCAAUAUCAUCCCAUGGGGGAUCUGGGUGUUGAUGUUGAAUCUUCAUAUGGAACAAAACAUGCUACGCUUUCGCAGUCCCUAGCAACACAGGUUUCUCAAGGGUCCAAAGUUCAUGACCAUGGAGAUAUUGGGAAAUCAAAAUUUCCUGCUCAGAUAGCUAGAAAUUCUAUGGAAAUUGAUAAGGGCCGAUUUCCUGGGUUUCAAGGAGAAACAAAAGGCUCAGAUGAGAUGAUUUUGAAAAACAGACUUUCAGGUUCUGCACCUAGCACUUCUACUUCCUUUGACCGAGCUGUUUAUAGUUAUGCAACAAGCAAGACGACACCAUCGAGUCAAAACAUGCUUGAGCUUCUUCACAAGGUGGAUCAGUCAAGGGAGCAUGGAAAUGCAGCACAUUUCAGUUCUUCCGACUGCAAUCAGCCUUCUCAAAUGCAUGAAGCCAAAAAUUCUGCUGGAUCUGUCUAUCACCAACAACAUCAAUCAUCCACAUCUCAGGGUUUCGGUUUACGACUUGCUCCCCCAUCUCAACUCUUGCCCAUUCAAGAUCAUGCCUUUUCUUCUCAGAGCCCUUCACAGACAAUUAACUCCCUUAGUUCAACUCAUGUCGCUUCUGAAGUAGGAGGGGGGAUGGGUCAUCCAUGGUCGGCUUCCUCUAUUCAGGUGUUGCCUCCUGGUGAAACAUCUCAAGGGGAGUCGAGGAACAAUAUUUCUGGUACAAACGGACAAACAGGCAAGAAUCUCCAGGGAAAUUUUGCUGCUGGUUUUUCCCCAGGUUAUCCUUAUUCAAGAAGUCUUGUUCAAAAUCAGCAGUCGUAUGACAUAGGUGGACAGGCGACAAGCAGUCAAUCUGGCAAUGUACUUUCUGAUAGGUUUGCUUCCCAGUCAAUACGUAUGAAUGAAUCUUUUGAGAGAGCUAAAAGUGGCCAGUCAGUACCGGCAUCAGUGCCGAACAUGUCUAGAAGUACUUCGCAAAAUAGUGUUGCUUCCUCUGGGGAGAUGCCCCAACUGAGUAAUAACAACCAAAAUAAUGCAAAAGAUUCUUCCCAGCAAUUCCCGAUUUUGGAAUCUGUGUCAGCUCCUCAGGGUUCUACUGUAUCUGGCACGUCACUGGAGAAUGCUUCUGCAAAAAUGUCACCUGCUAUGUGGAAUGGUGUUUCGGCUCAGCAACGUUUAUUUGGAUCUCAUCCUUUUAAGGUUUCAUCCAAUAUUUUCAAGUCCAAUCUUCAACCAAAUAAUGAUUCUGAAACAACCUCCCCUAGUUCGCAGAAAGUAGAAGGUUACAAUAUACAAAUGAUAGGCAAGGACCCAUCUGAAUCUGGUGCAUGUUCUGGGGAUUCACAUGCAGCAAAAGGAGAUCAGGCGCAGCAAAACACACCUGAGAAUGACCCUGCACAGACUAAAAUGAGCAUCUCACAAGGAAAAGAAUCUGUUUCAGAUCCUAUUGUCAGCAGUUCUGUUUCGGACCCCAACAGUACUCAAAGAGAGAUUGAAGCAUUUGGCCGGUCUUUAAGGCCCAAUAACAUUUUACAUCAAAAUUACACCUUAAUGCACCAAGCUCAGAGUGUAAAAAAUGCAGACAUUGAUCCAGGUAAUAGGAGUUUGAAGAGAUUUAGAGGUCCAGAUGGUCCUUUGGAUGCUCAGCAAGUAGGCAAUCAUGAAGCACAGCAGUUCUAUGCUCAGAGUAAUAUGGUUAGAGAUGCAUCUGGACAUUGCGCUUCAAUUCCCCCAAGAGAUUCUAAGAUGCUAAGCUUUUCAUCAAAGUCAACAGAUGUUCGAGAUACAAGUAUUCCUUCUAAGGAUGCGCUUGCAUUUGGUCAGAAUGAUACUCAGAAUCUUGCUAAUAGCAAUGCUGUUCCAGUGAGAAAUCAGAAUUCACUGAUCAGUCCCCAGAUGGCGCCAUCCUGGUUUGAUCAGCAUGGAACCUUUAAAAAUGGGCAGGUAUUGCCAUUUCAUGAUGCACAAAGACCUGCCACCAUGAAAGCUAUGGAGCUUCCAUUCAGUUCUGGAAGGCCUUCCAGUAGUUUGCAUGCUCAAGGUCCUCUGGAGCAGAGAAAUGCUAUUGCAGCUAAUGCCUGUCAGCAUGCCCUUGUCCAUAAAAGUUCAACUUCAUCAAUAGCAAGUGAGGAUAUUUCUUCCCCUCAGUUGAUGAGUCCAGAUGCUGUUAAUAUGCGCCUGGCUGCUUUGAGACCAAAGAAGCGUAAAACUGCUACAUCAGAACUUGUACCAUGGCAUAAGCAAGUACUUUCUGACCUGCCAAUGCUUCAGAAUAUCAGUUCGGCAGAAUUGGACUGGGCUCAAGCAGCAAACCGAUUGACUGAGAAGGUGGAAGAUGAAGCUGAAAUGUUAGAGGACGGGCCGCCAGUAUUUAGAUCUAAGAGAAGGCUUCUACUGACAACACAGCUUAUGCAGCUGCUGUUUCGCCCUCCUUCUGCAUCAGUUCUGUCUGCAGAUGCUAUUCCACAUUAUGAGAGUGUUGUGCACUUUCUUGCUCGAGCAACCCUAGGAGAUACUUGUAGCACACUCGCUUGUGCUGGAAGUGAUAAUUCUAUGUCCAGUAGUGGAAGCCUAGUGCCUGUGAAGACAUUCGAGAGAAUUAGUGAUCAAUACUUCUCAAAAGUUGUGGAAGACCUGAUCAGUAGAGCAAGGAAACUAGAGAAUGAUCUUUUGAGGUUGGAUAAGAGAGCAUCUGUUCUGGACUUAAGAGUGGAAUGCCAAGAGCUAGAGAAGUAUUCUGUUAUCAACCGUUUUGCCAAGUUCCAUGGCCGGGGACAAGGUGAUGGAUCCGAGACCUCACUGUCUGAUGCAACUGCUCAGAAAUCCUGCCUCCAGAGAUAUGUUACUGCACUUCCAAUGCCCAGGAAUCUCCCUGACAGGGUACAAUGUUUUUCACUUUGAUGAUUAAUUAAUUGAUUCUUGAUCUCUUUUUUGGCCAACUAUCUCCAUAUGCCUCAUACUUCUCUGAUUCAUUUUCUACCAACCUAUAUACUGCCUCUUGCUCACUGUAGAACCACACAGUUGGGCAUGUAGGAGGUUUGGAUACUAGACUGUCUCCUCAGUAGUAAUGGAGGCUGUUAGAUCUUUUAAAUCUAGGCCAUUGAUAUCACAUUUAUUCUUGAGAAAUAUAAUCUGGUCCUGUAUACUUCAUUGAAUGAUUAGAAGAAAUCGGGUUCCAUGCCA